GAAGCAGAGUGAGGCGGUGCCACAAUGGGUAACUUUAAUCAUGUGAUAAUGUGCAAGGUGUCGACAUCACUCUUGGACUCUUGGUGCUGCGUUACACAUUUUUAAGUAACGAGCCCGACGAUGACGAGCGGCUGUGCGUCUUGGACGCCGGAGACGCGCAACGGCAUGAGGAGCUCAGUCUGUUUGGAGCCACCGGCUGAGAUCAUUCAUCACUCCCAGCACUGACCGACCGGCUGACUGAACAGAUAGCGGGAUACAAACAGAUUCCUCAUGUCUCUGUGAAAUAUCCGUCAACAAAAGAUGGACGUCCUCCUCGCUCCCCUCAAAAGAUACGACAGCGACGGGUGAGUGAAAUCGGAGAUGCUGCGCACGGCGGCCAAAAUCCCGGAGCUUUUGUGAACAGGACUGUGGGUGUGUGCGCGUCAGGCUCGCCGUUAAACCGUCAGACUGCACUCGCCAACUUCCCCCGCUUUCAUCAAGUCAUGUCUGAUACAGAGCGAUGGGCAAGUUUGACGACAACGAGAGGAUAAUCCUCAACGUCGGGGGGACGAGGCACGAGACCUACAAAACCACCUUAAAGACGCUGCCGGGGACGCGACUGGCCCUGCUCGCCUCCGAUUCGGAUAUCGACUCCGUGCUGGAUCAGCUGCAACAAGUCCCCGGCUUCAUCGAGUACAACGCGCGGACCAACGAGUACUUCUUCGACCGUCACCCGGGCGUCUUCGCCUACGUGCUUAACUACUACCGCACCGGCAAGCUUCACUGCCCGGCAGAUGUGUGCGGACCGCUGUUCGAGGAGGAGCUCUCCUUUUGGGGCAUCGAUGAGACGGACGUGGAGCCCUGCUGUUGGAUGACAUACCGACAGCACCGGGACGCAGAGGAGGCUCUGGACGUGUUCGAACUCAACGUGGACAACGGAGACGAGGACGACGAGAUAGGGAAGAGGCUCGGCAUCGAGGACGUGGCUGCCGACGGGAACGUCAGCCUGUGGAGGAAGUGGCAGCCGGUGAUCUGGAAUCUGUUCGAGGACCCCUACUCAUCCAGGGCGGCGAGGUUUAUUGCCUUUGUGUCUUUGUUCUUCAUCCUGGUUUCCAUUACCACCUUCUGUUUGGAGACUCAUGAGGCUUUCAACAAAAUCAUCAACAAGACUGAUGUGGCACGGGACAGCAACGUGACCGACUCAGGUCCACAGUAUGAGAUCGAAACUGAUCCUGCUCUUACAUAUGUGGAGGGUGUUUGUGUCUUCUGGUUCACCAUUGAGUUCCUGGUGCGUGUGACCUUCUGCCCAGUCAAGUUGGAGUUUUUUAAGAGCGUUCUCAACAUCAUCGACUUCGUGGCUAUCUUGCCUUUCUACUUGGAGGUUGGGCUGAGCGGCCUUUCUUCAAAGGCUGCCAAGGAUGUGUUGGGUUUCCUCAGGGUGGUUCGUUUUGUUCGUAUUCUGCGUAUCUUCAAGUUAACUCGACACUUUGUGGGACUUAGAGUACUGGGCCACACGUUACGGGCUAGCACCAAUGAAUUCCUGCUGCUCAUCAUCUUCCUGGCAUUGGGAGUGUUAAUUUUUGCCACAAUGAUAUACUAUGCUGAACGAAUCGGCGCCAAGCCCAAUGAUCCCACGGCUACCCUCCACACUAAGUUCAAGAACAUCCCCAUCGGCUUCUGGUGGGCCGUGGUAACCAUGACAACACUGGGAUAUGGUGAUAUGUAUCCAGAGACCUGGUCAGGUAUGGUCGUGGGCGCAUUGUGUGCUUUAGCUGGUGUGCUGACGAUAGCCAUGCCUGUGCCCGUUAUCGUCAAUAACUUUGGGAUGUACUAUUCUCUGGCUAUGGCCAAGCAGAAGUUACCCAAAAAGAGGAAGAAACAUAUCCCUCAAGCAGUGCAGGGAGGGUCCCCCACCUACUGCAAAGCUGAUCUCAACACCACCUGCAACAGUACUCAAGGUGACCUGUGCCACGUCAAAGGGAGCAGGGUACUAGAACGCAACCGUUCAGUUCUGUCUGCAGACUGCAGCGGGGGCAGUGACCUCACCAUGUCUCCUGAGGAGAGGGUUCCCAUGCGUAGGUCAAGCACCCGAGAACAGGACCGCCGGAGUGGGGGGACCUGUUUCCUGCUUGCUGCCAGUGACUACACCUGCCCUGCAGACGGAGGGAUACGAAAGACAGGCUAUGAGAAAUCCCGGAGCUUAAACAACAUAGCAGGCAUGACUGGCAUGGCUGGUAACACUCUGAGGUUGUCUCCUGUGACCUCGCCCUACGGAUCGCCCUGCCCGCUACGCCGCUCUCGCUCCCCUAUCCCUUCCAUCCUGUGAGAUGUCCAGCUCUGGAGCGCUUUGACCCAAACCAACCCACAUCCGUUCCACUAACAAACCACAUCCCUCUGGCAUCAAAUCUGAACUCUGUUUUAGAUCUUGUGACUAGUGGAUAAGUACUCCACCAUCGUAGCCAAGAAUCGUGUAAAUAUCUCGAGUAACCUGAGCAAGUUCUGCGCUUUUCCUUCAAGGUACAUCUGCUUAGCUCACAUUCAUCUCCUGAUGUACCUUUCAGCUUGAUAUUAUCAUAAUUUGAGUCUUGCAAUAAAAAAACUAUUACUGGUGGCUUCAGAAGUAGCAGCCAUAACGUGUAAUAAAGGACAUUUAAUAAUCAGGGAUAUUAGAUGUUGUUAUAUUUAGAUACCUUGAAAUAGAUGUGCUUCCAGAAAAAGAAAGAGAGAUGUCACUUUGUUUUAACCUCACACAAACUGUGACUUUGUUGGUGGUAAACUGUGUUAUAUUUGGGUUAGGGAUGGAGAGGAGGGGCAAGUUGCUUUUCACCCACUGUUGGGCCUGCUCGUGUUUUUGCAUGGAUCAUCCUGUAACCAUCGUCUUCGAGCAGCGUGCACAGAGGAGGGGAGGAGAGCUCGAGGAUCUAUAGAACAGACUUGGAGUUGUUUCUAUAAAAUGUUGUAACGUUGGGAUUUAGGGGAGGGAGGGCGUACCCGACUCGUACCAUGUCUCAUUUUGCCAUUGGCUUCAGCAACAAUCCACUGAGGAGUCUAAAAACACAGAAGCCCAGCUGGGCGUUGCUUUCUGCUCAUUUGCUGCUAUUUCUGAAUAACUUUCUCCCCCUCUCCCUCCUCCUCUGUGUCUAAUUUUCUUCUUUCCUCUGACGUAGUGCCACCAAAUCUGUUGUGUUUCUGGUUGUUACUCACAGAUAACUGCAAAGAGGUUGUCUUUACUGGUUUUACACAAGCAGAGAGCAGCGUUCUAUCUUAAUGGCUUGAAGAAAGGCACCGCCAUAGUGGAAAGGUAAAGGAAUGAGGGUGCCGUGCCAUCUCACCCUUUUCUUGGUUAUAUUCCAGUAUGUGUGUGUGUGUGUGUGUGUGUGUGUGUGUAUGGGGGGGGGCAAUAAUCCGUGAGGUGACAAGCAUAAGCAUAGACUUGUAGCAUUUUAUUCAUGAGAUAAUGUCCACAAAAAAGAAAUAGAUACACGUCCCCAGACUAGAGUAAAGCUAAUCACUCUUUUUGACAAUGACAGGCAUAAACUUUGUCUGCGUACCAACAGGUCUGGGCAGACGUAACCAUGCAGCAGUGUGCCUCGCCCAUCACUACAGUAUGUCUAUAGAAGUAGCAGGAGGUUGCUAAGCAACUGGCUCACAGCUAGAUGCAUCUUCCACGUAGCUCGGCAAAAAGUCAAACUAUCAGAAAGAGGAGCUUCUCUUUGCCUUUGCACCAAGUUAUUGACUCACCCCUUACAUGAACGACCCCAGCACACAGACGAGCCUUUAGAAAUGAGAGUUUUGUACUGUUUUGAAUUUUGUGCAUAUAUUUUUAAACACACAGCGUGUGCAUGGUGAGGUCUGAUGCAUUUCUUUCAUCCAGACAUGUGUUCGUAUUUUAUUUAGACAAUUCAUUUCCUAUUUGAAUAACAGCGGGAUAAAAUGUCAUCAGUAUGAGGACCUAUUGCAGUGGGAAGACCUCAUUUGGAGCCAUAAGGCCACGUCUACUGGACAAUAAGGACGCGGAUGCACCUGAGAGCCACUGACUGACAGCCAGUCGGUGAGCAGACUGGACGACUCACAAAAAAUUCUUAUUUUGAAAAGGAAAGCAAACUGGGCUUGUCCUUAAAGAGACUAUCUAGGGCGUAGAUUCUGCUCCUGUAAAUACAAAACAACACAGCACAUCUGGGCCAUGUGGCUCUGUCCACACAUCUGUCUUUUGAUAUAGCGAGUCAGGUACGAGUCGGCUGGCUGCUACGUCGACACUCCGAGUUGAUCAUAUUUCUUGCUGUGGUAUCCCUCCUCGCAAUAAGUGUAUUGAGACGCAUCAGUCGCGGCACUUUGUGUUCAAAACAAGGAGUGUGUUCAUAUAUGAAAUUCUACAUAGAGUAUAUACAGUGUAGAGAGGCAACGUUGAAUAAAUGUGACAUUACGAUCAUCUCUGCUUUUGUUUCUUUCAGUAAUUUCAGUAGGUUAAUUGCUCUGCUGUGUGUAGUUGUGUGUAACUGUGUGUGUGUGUGUGUGUGUGUGUGUGUGUGUGUAUGUGUGUGCGUGUGUGUGUAUGUGCGUGUCCUAAAAAUCCAGGGUAAGGUCUAUAGCCUGAAAGGCCCGGUCAGAGAAGACCAGCGAGUGGACUUGAUGCUGUCACUCUUGUACAUUUAGCACAAACACAAAUGAGAUAGAGCUCCCCUGUGAUGCAGUGCCGUUGUAGAAGUCCCCUCUUUACCCUGCGUUAGUGCUGCAGACGUUCAUCUCUAUACAAACCAAAUUAUUCUUACCAGACUAUUCCUCAUGACUCCUGGUGGCUAACAAAAAUAACUUGAUUCUUCCAGAUCUUUCCCCUUGUGGGGGUGAAGCAAACGUGUAGCAGAAGUUUACCAAGUUAUACAGCGGGACUUCUAGAAUGGCUACAUCUGCACAGUAGCAAUCCCACAUACCCACACAAUCAGAUUGGAUUCGCAAUAAGCACCCGAAAAACAAAAGCACCGAUCCACACUGUGAUUUCAGGAGCCUGUUAAAACAGGAAGGUGAAGGAAAACGAGUAAAACAGCAGCUGUACAAGCUGCCAGGCCAGACCUGAAAGUGGCACAACCGGCACAGUUGUAGGCGCCCUGAACCCACCAUCCUCCUCAUGUAGUACACACGCUGCUUCACUCUUUGAAUUGACAAAGGGGUACCGUUCUCCGUGUAUUUCUAGGAUGAUGUUAUAACUUGAAAAAAAAGGUGUUUAUUUUUUUGAAACCAGAACAUGUAUUUUUGUGUCUUACUGUUGAGUACUUUGCUCUUUCCUGUAAAGUCCUGGUAGUCUGAUGCUGUGCUUCUACAUCGUGUCCUCAAAUUGUCAGGCUUUUGAUCCGAGUUCAUGUUUCGUGUGUUUUACUGUGAGCAUAAUUCUAGUUUGAAGUCUGUAUUUGUGGAGCCUUUUGUUGGCAAGUGCAUGCUGAAAAGAAAAAUCAUUAUGUCAAAUUGUAAAAAAAAAUGAAAAAAAUAAAGAUGACAUAUUGUAUAUCACGUUCAAAACAAUGUGUAUAGAGUAAAGGUAAAUGCUAUGUGAGAGACUCACAUAAACUAUUUAUCUUUUAA